AUGCGUCUCCUUCGCGUCGUCCGGGCUGGCGCCUUGCUCUUACCACUUGUUGCAGCUCACAUGAGACUACUGAAACCUCGCCGUUUUGGUAGCAUUGAGCUGGGCGCAACAAGUGUCAAGCCUGAUCCGUUGACCAUUGCACGUUUCCCUUGUGGCAAGCCAGAGGGAAUGGAUGCUACUCAAUUCUAUGACUGGUCAAACCCGACACUUAUUGCUGCCGACGAGCCACAAACCAUGUCCUUCCAGUGUAGCCCUGACCAGGGAUGUGCUAUCCAUGGAGGUGGUUCGUGUCAAGUGUCGAUUACGAGCGACACACAGCCCACAGCAAGCUCAAAGUUCUUUGUCAUUCAGUCUUUUGAGGGAGGUUGUCCCUCUCUUGACGGCACCCCUUACUCUGAUACCUUGGAUCCCCUGAGCUACCCGGACAACUACGCGUAUGCCAUUCCGAGCUCUUUCCCACCUGGAAACUACUCUUUAGCAUGGUCAUGGGUGCCCAAGUAUUCGGCCCUGCCCGAGUUUUACAUGAACUGCGCCCCAAUCACGCUGGAAGCCAAGUCAGGGAAACGAGAGGUUUCAAGCAGAGACGGCGGACAACCAAAGCUGCCAGAGAUGUAUAUUGUCAACCUGGCAGGCAAAACCGAUUGCCAGAAUGAGCCGGGGCAUAAUCUGCUGUAUCCCGACCCUGGCACCAAUAUUGCCCGCGACGGCAGCGAUGGCGAUGGCUGUGAUCGAAAUGUGUUCCAGUAUGCGAGCGGGAACGGCUGUCAAGUCCCCGACGCCGCAUCACAGUACAAUUGGUGCUCUGCCGCCACUGGACAGCUGAAUCCUGCUAUGGUUCACACAUCGCCCUACUCUCAUCCCACCGGAGGCGCUGAUACACCCGUCGAUGCCAUCUCUGUCGGGGCCACGGCGCAGAGGAGUGGCGGCUCAUCUCAGUCAGCGAUGGGCUCGACCAGCCGUGCAAUCACAGACCCGUCAACGCAGCAGUUUCGCACCUCCACGCGCUCUUCUCCUCCUUCUAGUGCCGCCACUUCACAGGCUGCCGUGCCUACAGGAGCGGCCUCAAACUUGCCUAUGGAAGGUGGAUGUCAGCAAGAGGGUCGUUGGAACUGCAUUGACGGCAAGUCCUUCCAGCGAUGCGCAUCGGGAUUGUGGUCGGUGCCUCAAGACCUCGUGGGCCAAAAAUGCGUUGUUGGCCAGGGUGACGCUCCUGUCUUCCUAGCUGACUAG